GGCUGUGCUCGGAGGACUCUGGGGGGUGCGCCAGCUCUUUCUCCGUCCUGGGAGUUCUUUCCCGGCGGUUGCGGCUCUUUCCUCCUCUCCAGCUUCAGGACAUAGGAAGAAAGACGCGGCGGCAGUCGUCUGGCAGGUUAGCGUGUCCCGUUCCGGAGGCUUCUUCCCGUGCUCGCCUGGCUUGCCGAGUGUAGCGUGAUUAUGUAUCAAAGCCCUGCUCGCUCCCUGUGCUCGGCCCUCUCUAACUUCUGUUGCGCUCCUUCCUCCGCCGCCUCGUCGUCCCUGCUGCGCCGGUCUCCUGUGCAGGUGAAAAGAGCUCUCUCCCCGCCGGCCCUUCUCGCCUCCGCCUCCUCGCGCUGUGGUUGCUCCGCUGCGGGUCCAGGGGCUGCGUCUCCUCACGCUGUGUAUUCCAUGGGCAACAGUACAAGCAGGCUAUAUAGUGCUCUUGCAAAGACUCUGAGCAGUGCUGCGGUCUCCAAACAUCAGGAAUACUUGGAACACCCAGACUCUGAGAUCCUGGAUCCUAUAGAUCCUAAGGACCUGCUUGAAGAAUGUCAAGUUGUUCUUCAGAAACGUCCUGCUCGGCUCCAGAGAGACUUUGUGAACCUGAAGACCAACGUUUCCAAAAGCCACCAGCCCAUUAGAGUCAUGCAGUGGAAUAUUCUCGCACAAGCUCUUGGGGAAGGGAAAGACAACUUUGUUCAGUGCCCUGUGGAAGCCCUCAGGUGGGAAGAAAGGAAAUGUCUCAUUCUUGAAGAAAUCCUUGCAUACCAACCAGACAUCCUGUGUCUACAAGAAGUGGACCACUACUUUGACACCUUUCAACCACUCCUUAGUCGACUGGGCUACCAAUGUACUUUCUUCCCUAAGCCGUGGUCUCCAUGUCUAGAUGUGGAACGUAACAAUGGGCCAGAUGGCUGUGCCUUGUUCUUUCUUAAAGACAGAUUUACUCUAAUCAGCAGCGACAACAUCAGGCUGACUGCAAUGAAGCUAAAAACCAACCAAGUAGCCAUUGCGCAGAUACUAAAAUGUAAUGAAACCGGCAAACUGUUCUGCAUUGCUGUCACUCACUUGAAAGCACGUAAUGGCUGGGAAAGAUUUAGAUCUGCACAAGGUGCAGAUCUUUUGCAGAAACUGGGAAGUAUCACCCAAGAUGCUGAGAUCCCUCUCAUUGUCUGUGGCGACUUCAACGCUGAACCCACUGAGGAGGUUUACAAGGAAUUCUCAGACUCCAGCCUGAACUUGAAUAGUGCUUACAAACUGCUGAGUGCUGAUGGGCUGUCAGAACCCCCAUACACAACUUGGAAGAUCCGCCCCACUGGAGAAUGCAGGCACACAUUGGAUUAUAUCUGGUAUUCACAACAUGCCUUACAAGUGAGUGCUGCUCUCAAUCUUCUGACUGAAGAACAAAUUGGACCCAACAGGCUACCAUCUUUGAAUUACCCUUCAGACCAUUUGUCUCUAGUAUGUGACUUCAGCUUUAAUGAUGAUCCUGACAGGCUUUUAUAGUUUAGGUUUGAUUUGAGGGACUUAAACGUACUGGGUUUAUGUAGUGGCCCUUGAACUAUGCUCCUGAAGACUUUGGGGAAUUAUUUAUAAAUCGACAACUAAUUUACUUUGAACCAUAUCCUUCAAAAAUGCUGUCAUUAAGCCUUUGCCAUAACAGUAAGAAACAAAAAAACUCUGCCGAUUGCUUACUUCCAGAGAUGUCUUGUGUAUUAUCUCUUGUUACAGAGACUAAAAAGCAGCUCUGCCACUGUCUAUGUUUGAGAACUGAUUCCCUAACAAAUACAUAGAGCUUGGGAAUCCAUGAGUUCUUAGAGCAUUUGCCUCAGAUGUGACAAUUAUGCACUAAAUUCACAAAAUGGGCCAACAAGGUGGACUACACAAAAGGAUGUCACACUACAAGUUAUACUGAUUGACCAAAUGUUGGUGACCCGAUUUAGGAUUCAUUUAAUUCUAUACAUACAAAAACACUGUA